GGGCCUCAGGAGCUAUCCAUCAAUCGUCUCUCUGUAAUCAGAGCCAUAUAUGGCGCUCAUGCGCAAACGACUAGACCGCCUUGGUACGCGCAAAUGUCGAGGCAUGCCGCAAAGUCUUCUCUGGUAAAUACAAGAGAUGUGGCGAUGCAUAAGAUGAGGAAGAAGGUCUGGGAGAGGGCUCUGGGAUCUCGAGCUCUGGAAUUGUAUGAACCUCGCGUUCAGGCCAAGGUGGAACUCUUAAUGUCCAACAUUGCAGCCGCGGAGAGCAGUCCAAUUAACGUGACAAAGUAUUUUAUGUACUUUAGCUUCGAUGUCAUGGCAGACUUCAUAGGGUUCUCGAAAGACUUUCGCAUGCUCGAGUCGACGAGCUAUCAUCCCGCCAUCAAAGGCAUUCAUAGGACCAUGUCGCUUAUCGGGAUCCUGAGUACCGUCCCGUGGCUUAUUUACAUGAUUGGGUCAAUACCAGGAUUGACGACGUACAAUCUCUUUUCGAGGUGGUGCCGUGAUGAAGUCAACGAGAAGCGCAAGACACUCAUUAUGAAUACCGUGAAAGAACCGCAGGAUAUCAUGUCAUGGCUCUUGAAAGCACCUCCUAGCAAGAAGGCUGUUGAAGAAGACGCUCGGCUUCUAUUGAUAGCCGGCAGGUAUGUCACGACUUUACUCAUGUUUGCUACAUCGUAUAGUCUCUAUCUCCUAGCAAGCAAUCCCCACUGUUACCGAAUGCUACAGGCAAAAGUCCAGGAACAGUUCCCGGGAGGAAUCUCGCAGUGGACAUACGAAGCAGCAAAAGCAAUCCCCUACGUAGACCACGUCAUCCACGAGACAAUGCGUCUGAGACCCAUCGUCCCAGGCGGAAUGCCCCGAACAGUUCCUCCACAAGGCAUCUUUAUUGACGGCCAAUCCAUCCCAGGAGGAACAAUCGCUACAGUUCCGACUUACACGAUUCAGCGCGACGAGCGAUACUGGGAAGACCCGCUUGUGUUUAAGCCGGAGAGGUGGGAGGGCUGUGCGACGGAUGGAGGGGCUUGGAUGGCGUUUAACAGAGGGCCGUGGGCGUGUCCGGGGAGGCAUUUGGCGAUGAUGGAGAUGAGGAUGGUGUUGAGUCGGAUUGCGUUGCAGUUUGAUGUUGGGUUUGCGUUGGGGAAAGGAGAAGGGUUUGAGAGGGAUACGGUGGACAAUGUUUCGAUGACGCUGCCCGAGUUAAACAUUCUGUUUACUCUUAGGUAG